AACUGUGUGCGUGUUCAACUGCGUUUUAUUUGUGUUUUAAUUUCUUUUGAGAAGAAGAGAAAUAAACUGACCUGAAAUAUGAGUACAACAGUUGCAGAAACUGCAACUGCAGCAGAAAAUGCUGACAAAACAGACGAUUCAAUGGAAAAACUGCAAAUUGACGAGGAAGACGAAAAGAAUGUGUCUCUCGAAGAUAUUUUAGGUGGAGAAGCUCUGCAAAUGUCGGACAGCGAAGAUGAUGAGACUUCUGCACCAGCAACUAAACAGGUAUCCCCGAGAAAUAUUGCUCAACGGCUACAGGACAGUGAUGAAGAGCGGGAUGCGAACAAUGCAAACGAAGAGAUGGAGAAGAAUGCAGCACCGAAGCAUAGAAAGAAAAUCGCGAUUAUUGAUUCAGAAAGUGAAGAGGAACAAGAGGAGGGCACGAAGGCAUCUAGAGCAAUAACAACCCCGGAAGAUACCGAUGAGAAAGAAGAAGAGGAUUUAAUAAAAACAAAACAAAAGUCGAGGAAAAAGAUAUCAGCAAUAGUUGACUCUGACAGCGAAGAAGAUCAAGUUGCCAAAGGCAAGGAUUCUGGGGCAACAGCAAGAACGGAAGAAAAGAAAAACAACGAUGGGGAAGAAGGCGAAGAACUAAGGUCAGAGGCUAAACCUAAGAAGAAGAUAAACUCCGAAUCGGAGCGCAGUAAUAAUGAGGAACCAAUGGAACAAGAGGACGCAAGUGAAACGUCUGCAAACAAACAACACAAAACCAAGCCGAUGCGGGCCUCAGCUAAGAAAGCAUUAGAUGGAAUGCAGGCCAUACAAAGUGAGCAACAAAGGCUGCACCGAGAAGCGCAUAUAAGUGUGCCCUACCAUCAACCCAAGCCACGCACGCUGAAAGAGUUUCUUAGCAGGCGCACCAUCAACAAACCACUUGCAGUGGCGUUGGCCGGCGGAAGUCCCAUGCCAAGCAAGGAACCCAGGAGAUCAUUAACGCUGCGCAUGAACGACGAGGAACUGCAAGCAUAUGCGUAA